AUGCUAGCUCAAGAAGACAUUAUUCCGAUCAAGCGAAAACGAAGCAAGAGACCUCGACAGUCGUCCCCGCUUGCCCUAACCAUGUCGGCAAGCUUCUCCGGCACUACAAGUGAUCUCAAUUCCGACGACAAGUCGACAAUCGGUAGAGACGAAGAUCACGAGGAGGAGGAUAUGGCCAACUGUCUGAUUCUGCUGGCCAGAGGUCAGCCUCCGACAGUGGUUGAUGCAGCCACCGCCGCCAGCUUUCGGUGCAAGACGUGCGACAAAAAGUUCACGUCCUUCCAAGCUCUCGGUGGCCAUCGGGCAAGCCACAAGAAGCUAUCGGUGGCCCCACACGAAAACGAGCCGAGCGGAGGUGAAAUUACGAUUUUGUCCCUACGAGUCCCGACUGCACCGGACGAGAAAAAGGCGGCUAGAGUUCACGAGUGCUCGUUGUGUGGGGCCCGAUUUGGGUCUGGCCAGGCGUUGGGCGGCCACAUGCGGCGGCACAGGCCGUUGGCGACUCGGGAUGUAGCCAAGCGGCCGAGGACGGUUUUGUCAUUGGACCUCAACCUUCCGGCGGUGGCGGAAGAUGCCCGCGGCGAGUGUGAAACGGAUAAUGAGUUUGCUUUAUCGUUGCCGCAUGAACAAGUCAUCGUGUUCUCGGCCACGUCAUUGGUUGAUUAUUGCCAAUACUAG